AUGCAUUCUUCUGGAGAAGAAUCCACAGAGUUCAUCAGAUUUCCCCAGAAGAUUAAGAACCAGACUAAGCCAAAUGUUUCUGCUUCUACGGCUGCAGCUGUCAUCCCUACUAAAAACUCCUCAAGGGCAAAGAACGUGUCUUUGUAUAACAAGGCCACAGUGACCAAAAGGAAACUGAUCUGGGCUAAAAAGGCGAUUAGGAGAGCCUACCCAGGAGAAAUACCACCUGAAUUUACCUCCUCCUCUCCCGCAGCAAAAGCCCAGUCACUAACUAAUACGCUAAGAAAAAUCCCUGGAAAACUUUUCCAAACGGGCAGAGAAGGCCCGCUCCCCAGCCUGUGGGGGCUCCAGGGGAACGGGCUGGAGUUUGCAGCCCAGGAAGGGCUCGCCGGGGAGUGGGGUGGGGCGCGGGCGAGGGGUACAGGGGCGGAGUACCUUCAAUGGACAGGAACUGGCAAAGAGUUGCAAAAUAGCCGAGUGCUCUCCCCCACGCCCUCGGGGGUCGCGGGCGCUAGGACCAGGGCUCCCCGAAAGGAGGGCAACCCCCAAUUCGGGCCUAAAAGGAAACUUUCCGGGCCGCGGCUGCACCUGACUCCUCACCGCCCCUCCACCCCACCCCACGCCCGCCAGGCCGCCCGCCCCGCCCCGGCCUGGCCGCCCGGAGCGCAUAGAGGGAUAAAUAAAUUCAACUAUUACCGGAAUCGAGGGGGAUGGGGGCGUCUGCGAGAGACCAGGGGAAGGGGGCGGAAGGGUGCCCAUUCCCCACUCCUAGGCCCUGCCGCCCCCGUCCCGGCAACCCGGGCCUGCCGCCCCGCGGGGAGCCUCCCGGCCCGGCGCACGAUCCGGCCCCGCAGCGCCGCCGUCCCGCCCGGAGGCCCCGGGGGAGCCGGAGGGGCGCGGGGAGGCCCGGGGUGUUGGGGCAGGGCGCGGCAGCCGCGGGGCCCGCCGGCCCGAGGCCUAGCCGGCUCCCCCCCAACCCCAAACGCCCGCCCCGGCCCACACCCCCACCCCGGCCCGCGCAGGCCGCGCUGCUCUCCCGGCUCGGGCCCCGGCCGGACCCCCGCCCGCCCGCCAGCCACCGCCGCCCGUGGGCGCCCCCAGGGCCCCGCGGCCCCCAGCCCCCGCCGCCCCGGCGCCGGCCCCUCUCACCCUUUCAUUCUCUGCCCGGGGCCUGACGCGGGCCGGCGAAUCCCCGGCCUCACAUCAGAGUGAGAGGCGCUGGCAGUGGACUAGGAAGCUCGGCUGCCGCUGCUACUGCUCCCCCCUGGGCUCCGGCGAGAGCCUUUCCCUGUCAAGCAAGAGGGGUGAGGAUCAUAUUUUUAUUUUGGAAACUAAAAAGUGCUCCCAGGGUCGGUGAUUAUUAAGGGGAAAUCCCUGAAUAUACUCUCCAGCCAAGAAGGCAGGGCUGCCGGGGCUGCACAGAAGAGGCAGCAGCCUCCUACAGCACCACUACAGGCACUGCGAGGACAUAACACCAGAGAGCCGCUCCUCUGCCCUCCGAAACGACAACUUUCCUACCAUCUUGGAGGCAGAGGAAAGGGGGGCCGGGGGGAAAAGUGCACCCGCUCCCGAUAAAGUACAAAUUUCUACUUCUCAUCUCUGGAAAAAAGUCCACACCGGCCGUCUACACCGGCGCCUGGGGGAAAAGGCGGGGAAGAAACUGGGGGUGCUUGAGAAACGUUUUCAUUUGCACCACGGGGCAAAAUGUUUCUGCAUCUUCUGAUGGAGAGAAAUCUUUACAAGACACAGGUUUUCCGAUCCAAGUUCUGGGGCUGGUGGUCUGUUUAUAAAUUUGUACUUCAAGCGACUUCAUAGCCACUUUAUCUUCAUUUGUCUGUUUAUAUUUUUUUCAUGUAUAUUUACAGGUUGCCUUAUAUAUAAAAAUGUGUGUUAUUUAUUCCCCUCAAAACUGAGAUUGCGAAAAGACAAUUGUAAAGGGAUGUCUUUUGUCUCCUUUUCUCAAAGCAAUGUAAAUAAAACCUAUUGAGUGUCCAGAAA